AUGUUGGAUUCUGUGGUGGAGUACAUCACUCAGGCAGCUUCCAGCUAUGCUUUCAUUUUCUGCUUCUGCAAUUUGAUCAUAGUCAUUAUUCUAGUGGACAUGAAGCCCAAGCUCGGGUUUGAUCGAGGGAGUGAAGAAAUCUCUCUGUCCAUGCCCACAAACACGGGUAUACAUGGCGCAAAAUCCAAGUGUUUAGUCAGCAAAAGCACAGUAUCUCCACAAUCAACAGAAGUGGGACAUAUCAAGGAAGAAGUGGUGGUGGACAGAGCUGAAACUGAAGGUAGUUAUAACUGCAAUUGCAACAGUACUGACGAAGAUGAUGAGCUGAGGAGAAGAGUGGAAGAGUUUAUAGAAAGGGUUAAUGAAGGGUGGAAAGCAGAAUAUUUGAGCUAA